GUUGGAAUAUAUUCUAUUUAUAAACAAUUAAACACAAAACGAUGCUUUUCGAACACUUGUACAUAACUAUUUUUUGUCUUUUGUUGCCAUACAUGAUACGUAUGAUUAAACCAUUAGGGGUAGUUAGUGUACUUUUCAUUUCUAUAAAAACCCUCUCCCUUCCCUCACAUAUCCACUUUUACCCACAUAAGCAACCACAAUCUAAAGGAAACAAUAUGGGGAGCUAUUCAUAUGAGACGAAUUUUCAAGAAGAUCAAUACGAAUUUUCAAAUCAAACAACCUUCGUUCACGAAAAUCCAUCUGGGUUGUUCAAGAAACAAGAUUCAUGGCCCAAAAACAACAUCCACAGAAAGAAAAAUCAAGUCUUUCUUGAAGGGUAUGUGGAGACCUCUGAUGAAGAUGAAAUCGUGAGAGCUAAGAGCUUAACGGAUGAAGAUCUUGAUGAACUUAAAGGGUGUUUGGAUUUGGGUUUUGGUUUUAGUUACGAUGAAAUCCCCGAACUCUGCAACACUUUGCCGGCGCUGGAAUUGUGUUAUUCAAUGAGUCAAAAGUUUCUUGAUGAUCAGCAGAAGUCGCCGGAGUCUCCAUCGUCGGCGGUGGUCGAGGAGACCAUUUCCCCACCUCCGAUUGCUAAUUGGAAGAUUUCUAGCCCUGGUGAUCAUCCUGAGGAUGUGAAAGCAAGGCUUAAAUAUUGGGCACAAGCAGUAGCUUGCACAGUUCGAUUAUGCAGCUAGAGAAUUCAUCAAAUCCAAGAUCAAUCGGAUGCUCAAAGGUUCUUGAAUCAUGAUCAAGAAGAUGCUCAUAAGGUUGAAAUACUUAACCUGGAGAUGGAUGCCUGAAUUCUGUCGAUGAGGGGUUGAGAAUUCAAGUGUUGGAUCGGGAAAAUUAAAAAAAAAUGACAGGAAUUUGAUGAAUUUUGACGAAUAGGUUCAUAUUAUAUCGAGUUUUGACACAAUCACUUGAGGCGAAAGUGGUGGGGUUAUGAUUAUGAUUAUUGAUCAUUCCUUGAAUGAAAUUAGAUCUUGUACAAAAUUGAUAGUUAUUUUGUUUUACUUUGUCUUUUUCAAUAUAUGUUUAUUGCAGAAAUGAUAAUAAUUCGAUGACCAAAAACAACAUAAAAGAUGCUUUUAAGACGCUACAUUAUUUCUUCACAACAAUAAUUCAAAUCUAUUAUUUAAUAUUCUAUAGCAUCAUAAAGUUAAGUUGCCUACUCAAAUAAUAAUUAGGGAGAAUAGUUAUCUUUUACUUUUAGCCGCAUUAGUUUAGUUUUGAUGUCUUUACAAAUCUCCACCAAUUCCCAG